GUCAACAGAUCAUUGGUUACUCGAUCCCAUUGAGUGGGCCCAAGGACUUAGAUGGCCAACCAUGAUCUGUCCCACUCCAGAUGUGAAAUGUGUCUCACCUCUCAAUAGAUUGGUUAUGCCUAAGCUAAUGGCUAGGCAAGUAAAGCAUGUUUUCUACGUGUGAGCAAAUCACAUACUUCUUCCUACUAAAGCGUCAAUUCCUAACAGCAAUGGCAUUCCCGUGAAUAACAACUAAAUCACUGGGUAGUCUUCUAAAGCCAAUGAUCAAACGCAGCGUUCCGUAUCCCCCAACAAGUACUACGACUAUUACAGUUAGGAACUAACUACGGUUAAAAUCCUAACUGUUAUGGAAGUAACCAUGGUUAAUUCAUCCUCCCCAAUCAAAACCUUUCCUUUUAAAAACCUCACCCUCACGAACACCACAAAGCAACUGCGAGAAAAGUGAGAGGGAACCAAACAGAAACUGCAGGAAAGUGCGAGACUUCUCAAGAAAGUGGCCAUAUAAAAAAAAAAAGUGAUAACUUCACUGAAAAAAUGGCGUUUUACGUCGGCGAAGAAGAGGUCUGGAAAUGCCCAAAGCAUCCUUCGAAACGUCGCCGCAGUGGAAUUUGUCCGGUUUGCCUCCGAGACAAGCUCGCUUCUCUUUGCCCAGACUGCGCCCACGCGCGUCCUUGCGCAUGUAGCGCAACCUCUUCUUCUUCCUCCUCAUCUUCCACCUUCUCUCGCUUCUCAACUGCGGCGGUCAGGGAUAUCUCAGGUGUAGGCGCUGUUGGUCGAGUUUCUAAUCUUUUCGAAAGCGAACCCACGUUCCGACGAUCCAGGUCCCUCGCGAUUCCUUUUCUCAGACCGAAACCUGAGAGUUUAAGAGAAAAGAAUGAUUUGGCGGGUAAAAAGAGCAAUACUCCGUCUUUUUGGUCGAUGUUUAGAGCUAGCAAUAAGAGCAAGCAAUACGAGAGUAAAGAUCAUCAAAGAGAAGGCGAGAAAGAGAGAAUAGCGGCGGAGGAAGAACGGAGGAAGAUGAUGAGGAAGUCAAGGUCAGUGGCGGUGACGUCACAUUCCGGCAUCGGAGAUUUGAAAUCGUCGUCGUCCACUAAAGGAAAGAGCUGGUAUUUCCCGAGUCCGAUGAAGGUUUUCAGGCAAACUAGGGUUUCCAAAUUGGUAUUCCAAGAACGCUCUCCUUUGUAUAGGUAGAGGUUGAUUUCUUUUAGUCUUUUUUUUUUUUUUCCUUUAUAAUUUGUAUAGUAAUAAAAAAGUAAAUGUCACAAAAUUAACAACAGAAACAAAAGAACGAAAAUAUGACUAUAUUUUAAAACUAUUUUGGAAUUUGAGGUUUUGUAACUGACUGAAUAUGAGUGACUGAUGGUAGAAUGUUGAGUCAGACGAAGGAAUUUCAUUUUUUUUUGUUUAAUAUAACAUGUUUAUGGCUAUCGUAUUAUUGCAAUUGAUUUAAAUUUUAGUC